AUGAUAAUUUUCCAACAAUAUCAUUUGUUCGUAACACCACAAAAACAACGAUUACGAUUAUCAUUAUCAUUAAUAUUGCUAUUAUUACUACAACAAAAUGUUGUAACUGCAACAAUUUUUACGGAUAAUAAUACUACUACCAUUACUGAUACUGCUGUUUCAAUAUCAUCGAUAAUUAGUGCUACAAUUAUCAGUACUACUACAACAACAAUAACUACUACUACUGCUACUAUUACUAUUACUACUCAACAAGAAAAUGGUUUGAAAAAUGUGACUGAUGCAAAAUAUACAGUAUCAGAUAUUGGUUUAGAAUGUGCACAAGGAUGGGAAAAGUGCAGAUCAAAAUGCUUUCGGGUGUAUACGAUUGAACGAUCAUGGCCACAAGCAUUAUUAUUUUGUUCUAGGUAUGGAAGUCAACUUGCUCGCAUCGAAUCAUUCGGCGAAAAUAGCUUUUUACAUCGUUUAGUCAAUCGGCAACAAAAAAAUCUUCCAAUAAAUCGUAACGAAUUUUGGAUUGGUGUUGUUGCACAACAAACGGAAGAUGAAAAUGCAUUUUUUUUAUGGUCUGAUGGUACCGUAAUAUCACGUUAUGUUGGUUUUUGGAAUGAUGGACAACCGGAUUACAGAACUGGGACUUGUGCAAAAGUGUCGAUCACAACAACUAACGAACUACGUUGGAGUUUAGAAAUGUGCAAUACACUAUUACCAUUUAUAUGCGUAUUACCUGCAUGUAUAAAAGGUUCAUUUUUUUGUCAAAAUGGCAAAUGUGUACCACAUUCAGCUCAUUGUGAUGGUAUUAAUGAUUGCGGUGAUUACAGUGAUGAAUUCAAUUGUCCAGCAUCACCAAAAGUGAUCACAUGUUUGAAAUAUGAAAAAGGUGAAUCAGGUAAAAUACAAUCACCAAAUUUUCCAUCGCCAUAUAAUGCCAAUGCGAAUUGUCGUUGGGUUGUUGAAGGACCAAUCAAUUCACGAAUUUAUAUAACAUUUGAUGCAUUUGAAACGGAAGAAUAUGAAGAUUUUGUUACAAUUUUGGAUGGUGGUCCAGCGGAAAAUUCAUCCGUUGUUAUGGCUAUACUUUCUGGAUCAAAAAAGCCUGAAACAUUAAUUUCAAGUACCAAUGUAAUGGUCGUAAGAUUUAGCAGUGAUACACAAAUUCAAGCACGUGGAUUUGAAGCAAAUUGGCGAGCUACAAGCAUAUCAUGUGGUGGUAUUUUGAAGGCUCAACCAUAUGGGCAAAUAUUUACUAGCCCAGAUUAUCCAAAAAAUUAUCCCAGUGGUGUUGAAUGCGUGUGGAAAAUUGAUGCUGAUCCAGGACAGCUUAUUUCACUUGAUAUUGAAGAACUUGAUUUAGAAAGAGCUAAUGAUUUCUUGCAAAUUUACGAUGGUGGUACACCGUUAGCACCAAUAUUAGCACGUUUGACUGGAACAUUUUCAAAUCCACAAUUAAUUAUUUCAACUCAAUCACAAUUGUACAUUUAUUUUUAUUCAAACUUUGCCCGAAAUGGACGAGGAUUUAGUAUAACAUAUAAGCGUGGAUGCUCAAAUCGUAUUCGUCUUGAUAAAGGAAUUAUAACAUCACCCGGUUACACUCGAAUAUCAUAUCCAAAUUCUCAGAGAUGCAUUUAUACUGUAGAAUUACCGGAUAGAAAUUCGGAACAGCCAACAGCAUUUGCUAUUAAUAGUUUUGAUGUUGCGGAAGAUGAUCGUUUAAUGAUGUUUGAAGAGGUUGAAGGUGGUCGUGCUUUACAUCCAGGUGAUGGUUUUUCGGCAAUUUCACGACCACCAAAAAGUAUUUUUGCACAGACCGGAAUUGUUCAAAUUGUUUUCACUACUAAUUCAAUUAGAAAUGGUCUUGGAUGGAAUAUUACUUUCUCUACAAAUUGUCCACCAUUACAAACACCAAAACUUGUAUCAUUGUCAACAAAAGCAUCAGCAUUUGGCACAAAAGUAACUGCAUCAUGUCCACGUGGCUAUGAAUUUCGUACAGGACGUGGACAAAUGUUUGAUAUAACUUGUCAGUUAGGUGGAAAAUGGACUGAAGAUCAUAUUCCAGAUUGUCAACCUGUUUAUUGUUCGACUGUUCCACAAAUUGCUAAUGGAUUUGCAUCAUCAGCAACAAAUGUUUCAUAUGGUGGAUCAGCAAAGUAUACAUGUUAUGAUGGUUUUGAUUUUUCUACCGGUAAAGAUUCAGGUGAAAUUUAUUGUACCGAUGAAGGACGAUGGACAUUAACACCAUCUUGUAAAGCAAUGACUUGUCCUGCAUUGGCACCAUUUUUAAAUGGUGAAAGAAUAUUGGAAUUUGGUGAUGGUACAGGUUACGGUACUGUAUUUCGAUUUGAAUGUACUGCUGGAUUUCGACGAAUCGGUGCUGCAACACUUCUCUGUCUUUCCACUGGUGAAUGGUCAUUUGCUCAACCAUAUUGCAAAAAAUUAACAUGUACAAAUGUACCAUUAAUAACAAAUGGUGUUGUUGUAACGGGUGAACGAUUUGAAUUUGGUGAUUUGGCACGUGUUGAAUGUCAACCAGGAUUUCGAACUGUUGGAGCUGAUUCAUUAAAAUGUCUUGCAAAUCAAACACUUAGUGAUGUACCAGAAUGUCAGGAUAUUGAUGAAUGUGCCGAAGGAUCGGCUAUUUGUAGCAUUCAGAGUACAAAAUGUAUUAAUAUGCCGGGUGGUUAUCAUUGUCAAUGUCUUUCCGGAUUUCAAGCACAAUUAUCAUGUAAUACAGCUUCAGUUCUUAAUUCACUUUCUGCUGAAGGAAGCAGCGAAAUGGAUGGUUUUCGUGCUGAAGAUUAUGCAACAACUGGCUGGUGCGCAAAUCCUAAUGAUAGUAAUCGAAAAAUUACAUUUGUUUUUGCUGUACCAAAAGUUAUCGAACGAAUACGUAUUGAAAAAACAACAAAUGGUGCAUAUCCAAUUGUUAUCAGUUUAAAAUAUUCAAAUCGUACUGGCGUCCCACUAAUACCAUUUGUUGCUGCUAAUAUAACCAAAUUGAUAACACGAAAUGUUGCGAUUGUUGGUGGUGAGUUACUCGUUUUACCGCAAGCAAUAGAAGUUCGCGUAUUAGAACUUACAAUUGAAGAAUUUUUCAAUAAUGCAUGUAUGAAAUUGGAUAUUCUUGGCUGCCAUAAAACUAAUUGUUUUGAUGUGAACGAAUGUGAACAAAAUAACGGUAAUUGUGAACAAAUAUGUAUCAAUUCACAAGGAUCAUAUCGCUGUGCAUGUGAAAUUGGUUUUGAUUUACUUACUGAAGAUGGACAGGGUGGUGUUCAUAUAAAGGAUGGUGAAACAGGUUUAAAUGCAUUAGAUGUUAUUCGAUAUAAUCAAACAUGUGUGCCACGAUUAUGUGCUAAUUUAUCAUCGCCAAAAAAUGGUUUACUUCUUUCAACUGCGAAAACAUUCCAUUAUCCGAUGAUUAUACAAUUUCAAUGUGAUUUUGCAUAUCAAAUGAUGGGUGCAAGCCAUUUGAAAUGUAUGCAAGAUGGUAGUUGGAAUGGUACAGCACCACUUUGUCUUCCAGCAACAUGUCAAGGUGUGCGUAAUAAUUCUGCAAUUGGUUUAUUUGUUGCACCUGAAAACAGUACCAUUGCAUAUGGACGUAAUGUAUCAAUUGUUUGUAGUCAACAAAACAGGCCAGCAAGUAGUUCAUUAUUAUCGUCAUUUCGCCAAUGUAUUUAUGAUCCACAAGAAGAUGGUCGUGAUUACUGGUUAUCAGGACCAGAAAUUGAUUGUCCAUUGGUAGACUGUGGACCACCACCAUCACUUGCUGGUGCAAUUUACGAAGGCGAUGACUACUCAUACAAAGUAGGAUCAGCAUUUACAUUCAGUUGUAGACCACCAUAUAGUUUAAUUGGUAAAUCAAGUUAUGAUGAUCGAACUAUUCGAUGUAAUGUAGAUGGUAAUUGGGAUCUUGGUGAUUUAAGAUGUGAAGGACCAGUUUGUGUUGAUCCCGGUUUUCCGGAUGAUGGACAAAUUCAAUUAGAAUCAGUGGAAGAAGGUGCACAAGCAAAAUUUACCUGUAAUAGAGCUGGCUAUAAGCCAUUUCCAUCUGAUACAAUUAAUUGCACACUUGGAACAGCAUGUGUCUUAGCGGAAGAUGUUGGAAUUUCAUCCGGUUUUAUACCGGACGGCGCUUUUGCUGAUAAUUCUGAUUCGACCACCUGGGGUUAUGAACCGCAUAAGGCUCGAUUAUCAUCAACUGGUUGGUGUGGUUCUAAGGAUGCAUUUAUUUUUCUUUCUGUUGAUUUACAACGUAUUUACACGUUAACAACAUUACGUAUGGCUGGUGUUGCUGGUAGUGGUCAUUUACGUGGUCAUAUUACUAAAAUGCAAUUAUUUUAUAAAGUUCAAUAUAGUCAAAAUUAUGAUACAUAUCCAAUUGAAUUUGAAACACCAUCCGGAAAUCACAAUGCAAUGCAUCAGUUUGAAUUAAAUCCACCAUUACGUGCACGUUACAUUCUUCUUGGUGUCACCGAAUAUGAACAAAAUCCUUGUAUUCGUUUUGAUAUGCAAGGUUGUUUAGCACCACUUUCAAUUGCUCAUGAAAUUCCUUCUCAUUUACAGGUCGGUUGGAAUGCAUCUGUACCACAGUGUGUCGAUAGUGAAUCACCAACAUUUCAUAAUUGUCCAACAAAUCCAAUUUAUAUUCUAACAGAUGAUAAUGGGCAACUUUUACCAGCUACAUAUGAAAUACCAACUGCAGCUGAUAAUUCCGGUUCCGUAGCAUAUAUACGUGUAACACCGGAUGGUUUUGAACCACCAAAAAUGAUAACAAAUGAUAUGGAUAUUAUUUACGUAGCAUUUGAUGAUGCUGGUAAUGCAGCUGAAUGUACUGUACAACUUCGAAUACCUGAUACACAACCACCGGUGAUGAAAUGUCCUGAUUCAUAUAUUGUUCCUGCUAAUGAUGGAGAAUUUGAAAAAUUGAUUAGAUUUAAUGAAAGUACCGUACAUAUGGUAAUUCAGGAUACAUCAAAUAUUACGGAUGUAACAUUUGAGCCAUCUGAGGCUUUACUUACUCUUAGUUCACAUGUUACAGUUGAAGUUAUUGCUACUGAUAGUGCAUCAAAUCGAAAUAAAUGCAAAUUUCAAGUGUCACUUCAACCAAAACCAUGUUCAUCAUGGUCAUUAAUUGGUGAAGAAAAUGUUGAAAAAGAAUGUCAAAUAAAAGGUGCAACGACAAUUUGCUCUGCUAAAUGUGCUAGAAAAUUUACAUUUGUUAAUGGUAAAAAUGGUACACGACAAUUUACAUGUACCAAUGGUAUUUGGUCACCAUCAAAUGUGAUACCUGCUUGUGUACCAAUUGCAUUGGAACCAGCUCGUUAUGAAUUAACUGUCAGUAUUGAUUAUGCUACUUUAACACCUGUUGGCAAUGACUGUUUAAAGGGUUAUUCGGAAUAUGUUGGUACAUUUUUCAAUAACUUAGAUGCAACCUUAUCACAACGUUGUUCAUCAUCUAUUGAAGUAUUUGUACGUUUCUUGGAUGUUAAAUUUAUUAAUACAGUAAACGGUGUCACAGCUAAUUAUACUAUUCAAAUACUUCCAACUGUUUUACAAAAUGUUUUCUAUGAAUUAUGCGGUUUAACAUUGCGAACAAUUUUUGAUUUACGAAUACCAGGUGUUACUGUACCUGUUCAAAAUCUUCUUUAUGUAAAUGGUGAAACAAUUGCAACACAAUCAGUUGGUUGUCCAUCAAUGAAUGCAACAAAAACAGUGGUUGUUCAAGGCUUUGGAUGUGCUGAUGGUGAAGUAUUACGUGAGGGCAAUGCCGAAACAUUACCUGAAUGCUUGCAAUGUCCAAAAGGUACAGUUCAUAUUAAUAAUACCUGUGAAUUAUGUCCAGCAGGAAGUUAUCAGGAUGAAGUAGCUCAAAUAACUUGUAAACCAUGUCCGGAACAAACUUUUACACAAUUUCCUGGAUCUCAAACAUUUAAUGCCUGUCUUCCUAUCUGUGGAAAUGGUAUGUAUAGUGAAACCGGUUUAAUUCCAUGUCAGUUAUGUCCACGGCAUACUUUUGCUGGUCCUCCAAUAUUUGGUGGUUAUAAGCAAUGUGAACAAUGUCCACAAGGUUCAUAUACAGCAAAAUUAGGCUCUACUGGUCCAUCACAAUGUAAACUUCCUUGUCCAGCUGGACAUUUCUCGUUGACAGGUUUAGAACCAUGCUCACCAUGUCCUAUUAAUUGGUAUCAACCUGUACUUGGACAACAAAGAUGUAUAGAAUGUCACAAUGAUACAAUAACACGAGAUGUGGGUACAAUUGAAGGAACAGAUUGUAUGCCAGUUGAUUGCUCAGCUGUGAAAUGUGAAAAUAAGGGUACCUGUAUGGUAGAUAAUCAUAAAGCACUUUGCUUUUGUCGUCCUGGAUUUACCGGUAAAUAUUGUGAAGAACAAAUGCCAUUAUGUAAUACACAACCAUGUUUUAAUGAAGGAAUUUGUGAAACAGCAGCUGGUACAUUUCGUUGUAUAUGUGCACAAAAUUAUACGGGGAGUAGAUGCCAAUUUGGUCCUGAUGAAUGUAUCGGAAUGAGUUGUCCAAACGGAGGUGUAUGUCAUGAUUUACCUGGAUUAGGAACAACAAAGUGUAUUUGCAGAACCGGAUUUACUGGUCCGGAUUGCUCACAAAUUGUUGAUCCAUGUUUUAUGGAUAAUCCAUGCAAACAUGGCGCUGAUUGUGUACCAUUACAAUUGGGACGAUUUAAAUGCAAAUGUUUACCGGGAUGGACCGGACCAACAUGUUCAAUCAAUAUUAAUGAUUGCGCAGAAAAUCCAUGUGCAAUGAAUGCAACUUGCACCGAUCUUGUCAAUGAUUUUCGUUGUGAAUGUCCACCUGGAUUUACCGGUAAACGAUGCCAUGAAAAAAUUAACCUUUGUGCACAAAAUCCAUGCAUUAAUGGUUUAUGUGUUGAUAUGUUGCAUACACAACGUUGUAUAUGUGAACCGGGUUGGACAGGUGAAAUUUGUGAUAUUAAAAUUGAUCAAUGCGCUUCACAUCCAUGCUUAAAUGGUGCUACAUGUAAAGAUCAGAUUGAUGGAUUCAUCUGCCAGUGUGCACCGGGAUUUCAUGGUUUCCUUUGUCAACAUAUGACCGACCAUUGCGCUUCAUCACCAUGUAGAAAUCAUGCGACAUGUAUAAAUCAAGGAGCGCAAUACUUGUGUGAAUGUUCACUAGGUUUUGAAGGUGCACAUUGUGAACAUAAUAGAAAUGAAUGUGAUUUAUUACAUAAAUGUUCUCAAGAAGGUACUGAACUUUGUGAAGAUUUAAUAAAUGGCUAUAAAUGUAAUUGUCGUCAUGGUUAUACUGGUGAAUUAUGUGAGAUUCAUAUUGAUCAAUGUGCAUCUGAACCAUGUCUUAAUAAUGGUACAUGUGUUGAUACCGGUUCACAAUUUCGAUGCGACUGUCCACGAGGUUGGAAAGGUAAUCGAUGUGAGGAGGAGGAUGGAUUAUGCGCAUUAAAUCCAUGUCAUAAUGAUGCGCAUUGUGUUAAUCUUGUCGCUGAUUAUUUUUGUGUUUGUCCGGAAGGUGUUAGCGGUAAAGAUUGUGAAAUUGCACCAAAUCGUUGCUUAGGUGAACCAUGUCAUAAUGGUGGUGUUUGUGGUGAUUUUGGUUCACAUUUGGAAUGCACCUGUCCAAAAGAUUUCAUCGGUGUUGGUUGUCAGUAUGAAUUAGAUGCAUGUCAAGAAGGUGUAUGUCAAAAUGAUGCUAUUUGUGAAUUACUUGAAGGUGGUAAUUACAGAUGUAUCUGUGAACCAGGAUUUACUGGACAAAAUUGUGAAACAAAUAUUAAUGAUUGUUCACCUUCACCAUGUCCUCUUGCAGCAAUCUGUAUCGAUCAGGUUGAUGGUUUCUUCUGCCAAUGUCCAUUUAAUAUGACUGGUUUAAAUUGUGACAAAGUUAUUGAUGAAGACUAUGAUUUUCAUUUCUAUGAUCCAAUAUUAUCAGCUGCUGCAGCAUUAUCAGUUCCUUUCAAAUUCACAUCAUCCGCUUUUACCAUUUCACUUUGGGUCAAAUUUGACGUACCAUUAACACGUGGAACUGUUUUAACCUUAUACAGUAGCAGAGAAAGCAAUUAUCCAUCAAAAAUAAGCGAAUUAUUACGAAUAUCAGCUGAUAAUAUACAUUUAAAUCUUUUACACGAUGAAACACCAUUAAAUCUUCAUUUUCCUCCAACACAACGAUUAAAUGAUGGAAAUUGGAAUAACUUGGUGAUAACAUGGCAAUCAAUUGGUGGUUCAUAUUCAUUGAUUUGGAAUGCUGUUCGAAUUUAUGCUGAUAUUGGCUAUGGUACUGGCAAAAUUUUAGACAUAAAUGCAUGGAUAUCACUUGGUGAACCAAUAAAUGAAUUUUCAAGUGAGCCAAAAUUUGUUGGUUCUAUAACACGAGUUAAUAUUUGGAAGCGUGCAAUUGAUUUUGAAGCUGAAAUUCCCUCAAUUGUUCAUCAAUGUCAACAGCAACAGGUUAUCUAUGAUGACCUUACUUUGCGUUUUGCUGGUUAUACGCGACUUUCUGGAAAAGUUGAAAAAGUUGUUAGGAGUACCUGUGGACGAGAUUAUACGCAACAACCUGCAAAGAAAAUAGAUAUUUUUGGUUGUCCAUCAGAUAUUUUUGUUGUCUCAUAUCAAAAAGAGGUAAAUAUCACAUGGCAAGAGCCAGUAUUUACAUCAGUGCAUGGUUAUGUUGAAGUUAAAAGAAAUUUGAAACCGGGACAAGUAUUUACAUGGGGUGAAUAUCUUGUCGUUUAUCUUGCUAAAGAUAAUUAUUCCAUAGCUGAAUGCAUCUUUAAGAUCUAUGUAUCGCGUGAAUUUUGCCCUACAUUACAAGAUCCAUUUCAUGGCGUUCAGGCAUGUGAAUCAUGGGGACCACAAUUACGUUAUAAAGCAUGCUCAGUUGAAUGUGAAAAUGGUUAUGAAUUUAGCAUUGAACCACCUGUUUUUUACACCUGUUCUUCAGAUGGUCAAUGGAGACCACGUCCAAUCAAUGCAUAUACAUUUCGUUAUCCCCAAUGUACCAAAGCACAUCAAGCUAUACGUGUUGCUGAAGUAUCCAUUAAUUAUCCUACCGUAUCAAUAUGUAACGCAGCGGGUCGAAAUACAUUAGCUGAAAAACUUUCUCAACGAAUUGAAUUAUUGAAUAGUAAAUGGAACAUUUAUUCAACUAGUAACAUAAGUGAUCAUUCAGUAUUUAAUAUUUCGGUGCAAUGUUUUGCCGGAAAUGAAGAAACUACCGUAACAGCAAUUGAUAUGACUGUAAGAUUACGUCGUGAAGCGCAAAAUUUUUUCAAUGUUAAAAUUUCCAUACCAAUUACAAAUGAUAUUUUGGAGAACAGUAAAACAGGACAACGAGCAAAAGUAUCAGAUGUAUUAGAGAAUGAAAUUUUACUGGAAGAUAUAUUUGGUUUGGAGCAAGUAAUUCCAAAUGGUCGGCCAGAUUUGAAUAGUUUUGAAUUGAAAGAACGACAUUUAUGUGAAAUAGGAACUGUUAGUGUUCGUAAUUUAUGCGUACCUUGUGCACCGGGAUCAUUUUAUGAUUUAACAACACAUACUUGCAAAUUAUGCAUGACCGAUGAAUAUCAACCACGUGCAGCACAAACAUCAUGUUUACCUUGUCCUAGAGGUUAUAUUACAACUGCUCCUGGUUCAGCACUUUUAACAGAUUGUAAAAAUGCAUGCGAUGCUGGUUCAAUGUUCAAUAUUAGCAGUGGUAUCUGUGAGCCAUGUGGAUUUGGCUUUUAUCAACCUGCACCAGGUGCAUUUAGCUGUAUUCCUUGUGGUGUUGGAAAAACAACACUGAAAGAAACAUCAAUAGCUGAAGAUGAAUGUCGUGAUGAGUGUCCUGAUGGUGAACAUUUGACACAAGUUGGUGUCUGUCUACCAUGUCCACAGGGUACCUAUCGUACACGUGGUGUCCAUAAAAGUUGUGUUGAUUGUCCACCAGGUACCACCACCGAAGGAAUUGCAUCUGUCCGUCGUAUGCAAUGCAAUACACCAAAAUGUUCCGCAGGACAAUUUCUUGUUACUACUACCAAACAAUGUCAAUUUUGCCCCCGAGGGACAUUUCAGGACGAAGAAAUUCAAACUGUUUGCAAGCUUUGUCCACCUGAUCAUACAACUGCUUCUCAGGGUGCAACACAAGCAAGUCAAUGCUACUCAACAAAUCAAUGUGCUACUGGUGAGGAUAACUGCUCAUGGCAUGCAGUUUGCAUUGAUUUACCUGAUGAUAAUGAUAUUCCAUCUUAUCAAUGCAAAUGUAAACCUGGUUACAAGGGAAAUGGAACACAUUGUCAAGAUGCUUGCAAUAAUUUUUGCCUUAAUGAUGGUACUUGUAAGAAGAAUCCAAUCGGUUAUGUGGAAUGUAUUUGUAAAGAGAAUUUCUCAGGCGAUCGCUGCGAGGUUCGAUUCCAAGCUCGAACACAGAAAGUUGCUCUUAUCACAGCUGGUAUUGGUGGUGUAGUAACCAUUCUUGUUAUUAUCGUUAUUAUCAUUUGGAUGAUAUCAUAUCGAUUUAAUCGAGUUGAAGAAUCAUCUGAACCGGAAAAAUGUCCAGUUGAAGAGAAUACUCAUACUAAUUUCUUGUAUGGUCGAAUUCCAAGCGAACAGCCAAGGCCAAUAGGUUAUUAUUAUGAAGAUGAUGAUGAGUAUGACAUGAAAACGAUGUUUGUUGGUGAGGAAGAGAAGGAAAUGGCGGAAAGAGUACGACAUGCUCAGGCGCAUAUGUAUACGCCAUCAAAUAAUAGGCUUGAUUAA